GAAGCACAUAUGAACUCAUUGGAACACUUAAUUUACUAUAGUGAAAAAUUGGAGGUAGAAGCCAAGAAUAUAAUACCAGACAAUAGACCACUAUCUGGGUGGCCAGACUGUGAAGAAAUUUAUAUUAAAAAUUUGGAAUUGUUGGUCAAACAGUCAUUCUUUAGAUUCAUUGAAGUAACUUCUGGGAGUAUUGUAAUUGACGAUAUUAAUAUUUGCACUAUUGGAUUAAGAGACCUUAUAAGUAAUAUUACUAUCAUACCUCAAGACCCUGUGCUAUUUAAUGGUACUAUUAG